GAACCCGGAUGGAAGCCUGGCCGGGCUGGGGUGGAAGUUACUGUGAGCGCGUCUCUCUCUCCGCGCUCUGCAGGUUCCUGCUCCGGGGUCGGACCUGAGGAACGGUGGCCUAGACUGGUUCCGACGCCCAGAGGCUGGGCCCCAGGCUGAGCGGAGAUCGGAACUGGAGCCUGAAAUGGGCGCCUAAAAGAAUCCCGAGCAUCCCCUGGGCCUGAGGCUCAGGCUCUGAGACGAGCGGGCGGAGACCGAACUUGGUCCUUCCUCGCCGCCGGCGCCCUUAUCAUGCCCCGGCCGGCUCCAAAAGUCUCCGUCCUUAAUAACACCCUCAGGCCCUAUCAGUUAAGAGCCGCGUGUUCUUUGCAUGCAUACAAUUAAACCUGCCAGCAACCCUAUAAGGGUACUGUAAUCCUAAGUCCCACAAGGGAAGUGGAAAUUGUGAAGUUCUAAAAUACAAGAAAGCCUCUUGGGCGCAAAGUUCUGUGGCAUCUCUGGAUUACUACCUGAGAAAUUUUGUGUGUCAUGUCGAAGAAACGCAAAUGGGAAGAUGACUAUGUUCGUUACUGGUUCACCUGUACAACGGAAGUUGAUGGAACUCAGCGCCCACAAUGUGUAUUGUGUAAGUCGGUAUUUUCAAAUGCUGACCUCAGACCAUCAAAACUGUCAGACCAUUUUAACAGACAGCAUGGUGGUAUAGCUGGACAUGAUCUCAAUAGCCUGAAGCAUAUGCCAACACCAUCUGAUCAGAGUGAAACCUUGAAAACAUUUGGAGUUCCAUCUAAUGAGGAUGCCUUAUUACAAGCAUCAUAUCAGUUUGCAUAUUUAUGUGCUAAGGAGAAGAAUCCUCAUACAAUAGCUGAAAAAUUAGUGAAACCUUGUGCACUGGAAAUAGCUCAAAUAGUUUUGGGACCAGAUGCCCAAAAGAAGCUUCAGCAAGUACCCUUAUCAGAUGAUGUGAUCCAUUCUAGAAUUGACGAAAUGAGCCAGGAUAUCUUACAGCAAGUUCUAGAAGAUAUCAAAGCCAGUCCUCUUAGAGUGGGUAUUCAGCUUGCUGAGACAACUGACAUGGAUGACUGCAGUCAGCUAAUGGCAUUUGUGCGAUAUGUAAAAGAAAGAGAGAUCAUAGAAGAAUUCCUAUUCUGUGAACCAUUGCAGUUAACCAUGAAAGGAAUAGAUGUGUUCAGUCUCUUCAGAGACUUCUUUUUGAAGCAUAAGAUAGCACUUGAUGUUUGUGGCUCUGUUUGUACUGAUGGUGCCUCCUCUAUGCUAGGAGAAAAUUCAGAAUUUGUUGCCUGUGUGAAAAAAGAGGUACCUCAUAUUGUGAUCACACAUUGUUUGUUGAACCCUCAUGCACUUGUCACAAAGACAUUACCUGCAAAGCUGAAGGAUGCUCUGUUUACUGUGGUGAGGGUAAUAAAUUUCAUCAAAGGGCGAGCUCCAAAUCAUCGCCUUUUUCAGGCUUUCUUUGAAGAAAUUGGUAUAGAAUAUAGUGUCCUCCUUUUCCAUACUGAAAUGAGGUGGCUUUCCCGAGGCCAAAUACUUACUCAUAUUUUUGAAAUGUAUGAAGAAAUAAAUCAAUUUCUUCAUCACCAAAGCAGUAAUUUAGUUGAUGACUUUGAAAAUAAAGAGUUUAAAAUUCACCUAGCAUACCUUGCAGAUUUAUUCAAACACCUAAAUGAACUUAGUGCCUCUCUGCAAAGGACUGGGAUGAACACAGUAUCAGCCAGAGAGAAGUUAUCCGCUUUUGUUAGGAAGUUUCCAUUUUGGCAAAAACGAAUUGAGAAAAGAAAUUUUACCAACUUUCCUUUUCUCGAAGAAGUAAUUGUUUCAGAUAAUGAAGGAAUAUGCAUUGCAGCUGAAAUAACACUGCAUCUCCAACAGUUGAGCAACUUCUUCCAUGGGUAUUUUUCUGUUGGAGAUCUUGAUGAGGCAAGUAAAUGGGUACUGGAUCCAUUUCUUUUUAAUCUUGAUUUUGUUGAUGAUGGUUAUUUAAUGAAAAAUGAUCUUGCUGAAUUACGAGCUAGUGGCCAAAUCCUAAUGGAAUUUGAAACAAUGAAGCUUGAGGAUUUUUGGUGUGCUCAAUUCACAGUGUUUCCAAACCUAGCAAAGACAGCUCUAGAAAUCCUUAUGCCAUUUGCAACUACAUAUCUUUGUGAGUUGGGAUUUUCAUCACUUUUACAUUUUAAAACAAAGUCCAGAAGCUGCUUUAAUGUUAGUGAUGACAUUCGUGUGGCUAUUUCAAAAAAAGUACCUCGUUUUUCAGACAUCAUUGAACAAAAACUACAGCAGAAGUCGCUAUAAGCUGAUAUACUUUUUUAAUGUGUAAUUUUUAAUAUAUUCUUA